UGUAUCACCUGACCAGGACUCUGGAGAGGCAAUGGCGACCCCCAUGCUGCGCUGGUGCUGUCCUGGAAGGCGUUGGAUUUUCGCCGGGAUUGGCGGCGGUUCUCGCCACGGAAGAGGGGUUCCAACUGGGUCCACGUCCAGCGGGAAGAGGGGACAGAGCUCAGUGGCUCAGCAGCCCCUCAUCACGGCCCAGAAACCGAGGAAAGGUGAACGUGAAUGGGCAGCUGUGGUAGGUUUGGAGAUUCAUGCCCAGAUUGCCUCCAACUCCAAACUCUUCUCUGGAUCUCAAGUCGACUUUGCAGCACCUCCCAAUUCUUUGGUAUCUUUUUUUGAUGCAUCUCUGCCUGGAACUUUGCCGGUCCUCAACAGGCGGUGUGUGGAAGCGGCCGUGAUGACCGGCCUGGCCCUGGACUGCCACAUCAACAGGAAGUCCUUGUUUGACCGGAAGCACUACUUCUACGCAGACCUCCCUGCCGGCUACCAGAUUACCCAGCAGAGGCUGCCGAUCGCCGUGAACGGGAGCUUGGCGUACAGCGUCUGUGUGGGGCAGAGGUGGAGUCAGAUGGUCACCAGGACAGUGGGGGUCAAGCAGAUCCAGCUGGAACAGGACAGCGGCAAAAGCCUCCAUGACAACCUGCGGUCCCAGACGCUCAUUGAUUUGAACAGAGCGGGGGUCGGCCUUCUGGAAGUGGUCCUGGAGCCUGACAUGUCCUGUGGAGAAGAGGCGGCCGCAGCCAUCAGGGAGCUACAGCUGAUUCUUCAGGCCCUGGGGACCAGCCAGGCGAACAUGGCAGAGGGCCAGUUGAGAGUGGACGCCAACAUAUCUGUGCAUCACCCUGGGGAGCCUUUGGGUGUUCGAACCGAAGUGAAGAAUCUCAACAGUGCCAGGUUUUUGGCCAAAGCUAUAGACUAUGAAAUUCAGAGGCAAAUCAGUGAACUCGAGAAUGGAGGUAAAAUUCUGAAUGAAACUCGCUCGUUCGAUUACAAGCUGGGGUGCACCGUGCCAAUGAGAGACAAAGAAGGAAAACAAGACUACAGGUUCAUGCCGGAGCCCAACCUGCCCCCGCUGCUGCUCUACGACUCGGGGUCCCUGCCCACUGGCGCAGACCCACAGCAGGUGAUCGACAUCGACCAGCUCCGGGAGCAGCUUCCCGAGCUGCCCCGCGUGACCCGGGAGAAGCUCGUGCGACAGUACGGGAUGCGGCCGGAGCACAGCUUUGCCUUGCUGAAUGAAGUUGGCCUACUGGAGUUCUUCCAAAAUGUGAUGAAAGAAACUAGGGCAGAACCAAAAAAAGUGACUAGUUGGGUCCUCAACACUUUUCUGGGCUUUUUAAAGCAACAGAACCUUGCCGUCAGUGAGAGUCCUGUCACACCCUCUGCCCUGGCUGAGCUGCUUGACCUGCUGGACAGGAAAGCCAUCUCUUCAUCCGCAGCUAAACAGGCCCAGUGUGUGAAAACCCGGAAAAAUAGCAUCCUCAUCAAAGGCGGCCUUCCGCCUCAUCUCCAGCCCCACCUGACAGUCUCAGGUGGGCACAAGGUCCCUGGAACUCAGAGAACUCUUACAAAUAAGCACCCAGAAGGAUAAUGAACACCAAGGCGGCCGCCUGAUCUCGACUUCAGAUAUCACAGCUGUCAGUUCUUCAGCCAGUAACUUAAUGUUAUUUUUUUUUUUUUAAUUUUUUUAUUUAUUUAUUUAUUUAUUUUUGGCUGUGCUGGAUCUUCGGUUCGUGCGAGGGCUUUCUCUAGUUGCGGCAAGUGGGGGCCACUCUUCAUCGCGGUGCGGGGACCGCUCUUCAUCGCGGUGCGCGGGCCUUUCACUAUCGCGGCCCCUCCCGUUGCGGGGCACAGGCUCCAGACGCGCAGGCUCAGCAGCUGUGGCUCACGGGCCCAGCUGCUCCGUGGCAUGUGGGAUCUUCCCAGACCAGGGCUCGAACCCGUGUCUCCCGCAUUAGCAGGCAGAUUCUCAACCACUGCGCCACCAGGGAAGCCCUAAUGUUAUUUUAAUGGUGCCUUUGGCAUUUAAUAUUUAUACAUCUCCUCAGUAGUGGCAGGUUACGUAGCGAGGCUUUGGAAAAGCGGCUGCUUUUGGCUAAUUACGAGGCACCGUGGAGCAUACACCCAGCUCUGUGCUGUGAAACUGGGGAUGGCAACUAAAAAAGGCUCUGCUUACCCACCACCAAGUGAGGCUGUCAAGUAUAGGGCCUGCGCCACAUUUAGGAAAGGGUUUUGGUUGCCUGGAUGUCAGAGGAAUACAAAUGUUUAUGACGGUGCUCAGCAGUAGCAGGAUGAUUAGAUGGCCUGAGGGCAGAAGGAAACUAUAUACACAUAAGAGCAAAUGAAUUGUUGCAUUUGAAACCAAAGAGGAAAAAAACCUUCCCCUUCCUACUCCUCCUGCCCCAGCAAAGAAAACCUAGUGCAGAUAAUAUGUUAGGUUCAGAGGGAAGAGACUGGAACUGCGGGGGAAUGCUGACAGCUGGGUUCAGAUACAGAUAAGAGACAUUUUUGGAUUCUGUCGGCGUCCAGCAUGUUUAAAGGAGGUGGGGUGGAAUCCUGGCUUCUGUAAGGCAAUCACAGAACCAAACUAAAAGUCUGAUUGUGUGUCCCAUGAGGGCAUCUCCCUUACACACCAUUGCCUUAGGGGAUUUGCUUUUUAAUUUUUCUACCUUCUUUUCUGUUUUUUUAAAAAAUCACUGAUCUUCUGGUGAAAAAAAAUGGUAUUUGUUCACUGUGACAAACUUAAGUAAUGCUGAAAAAUAUAAAGAUUUUCCAAUUCUACCACCUUGAAAUAACUACCAUUAAUACUGGGUGAACGGGACUUCCCUGGCGGUCCAGUGGUUAAGACUCCGUGCUUCCAUUGCAGGGGGCGCGGGUUCAGUCGCUGCUCGGGGAACUAAGAUUCCACAUGCUGCACGGCAUGGCCAAAAAUUUUUAAAAAUUAAAAUAUAUAUAUAUAUUGGGUGAACAUCAUCCCAGGCAGCUUUCUGUGCAUACAUAGAGUUAGCAGGGUGGAUUGUGGGCUGGGCAGACAGGAGGUUAGAAAAAUAAGCCUUGUGAAAAUAAGAGGUUUUAGUGUACUGUUUUUUAGUUUUAUUUUUUAAGAAGCGUACAGUUCAUUGGUUUUUAGUAUAGUCACAAGGUUAUAACCAUCACCACUAUCUAAUUCCAGAACAUUUUCAUCACCGCAGAAACAUAACCCUGCAUCCAAUUAGCAGUUUCACCCCAUUAACCCCUUACCCUGGGCAACUGCUAAUCUACCGUCUGUCUCUAUGGAUUGGCCUAGUCUGGGCAUUUAAGAUAAAUGGACUCAUACAAUAUGUGGCCUUUUGUGUCUGGCUUCUUUCACAUAGUGUCAUGUUUUCAAAGUCCAUCUAUGUUGUGUCAGUACUUCAUGCCUUUUUAUGGCUAAAGAAUAUCCCGUCGUGUGGACAGAACCACAUUUUGUCUACCAUUCAUCAGUAAGUGGACACUUGUGUUGUUUCCUGGUUUUGGCUCUUAUGGAUAAUGCUGCUGUGAACAUGUAUGUACAGGGUUUUGUUGGUGCAUAUGUUUUCAAAUUUCUUGGGGUGGUACCUAUAGGAAUGGAAUCUCUGGGUCACGUGGUAAUUGUAUGUUUAACAUUUUGAGGACCUGCCGGACUGUUUUCCAAAUGGGCUGCACCAUUUUACAGUCCCCUCAGCAGUGUGUGAGGGUUCCAGUUUCUCCACAUCCCCGCCAGCCCUUGUAAUUGUCCUGCUUUUUGAUUGUAGUCAUCCUAGUAGGUGUAAAGUAGUAGCUCAUGGUGUAUUGAUUUGCGUUUCCCUGAUGACUAAUUACAUUGAGCGUCUUAUUUUUAUAGUCUACUGUAAAAUGUAACACAUAAAUGUGUUAUAAUUAAUUUUUACUGAAUCUGACAGAGGAAUCCAAGUAGGCCUUAGGUUUUAGAAACCCUGGGAGGCAGAAUGACUCUGGUUCCACUGGUUACUGGUGUUUCC